UGCUCUCCCAAAAAUCUAGGGUUUGCUCAAUUCUCUUCAGCGAUUCCUAAGGCAUUUCUCGACAUGGACAAUCUUUGGCAAUUAGGAGACGAGUUUCGGAGUCAUUCAAAGGUCACUGAAGAUCGUCAAUGGAUUGCCAUGACUUCAAAACUGGCCGAGCUCACAAGAACGAACCGUGACCAAACAAACAACCUUGAUUACUCCAGGAACCCAGUGGAAGCCAAAUCCUGGGAGAGGCUUGGGUUUCAAGAGGAUAACAAAUUUGAAAGUCUGAAUCUUGGUCUUAUGAAUCUUGAUCUCAGGAUGAACGAGGUACCAGUCAAGAGCUCCAUCGGAAACAGUAUGUACAACAUGAACAUGAACAACACAAACAACAUGAACAAUAUGAACAUGGUGUACCAGAAAAGCAAUAUCAACACUUUCAACAACUUCAAGAUGAAUACUGGGAUGAGCAAGUAUGCUAAUAUCAAUAGCUCCAAAGACGUCAACAACAACAGCAAUUCAGCCAACAACAAUAACAACAGCAGCAAUAACAACAAUAACAUUGCUGAUAAGAGGUUCAAGACAUUACCCUCAACAGAGAUGCUGCCAAGGAACGAAGUUCUCGGGGGAUACAUCUUUGUUUGUAACAAUGACACCAUGCAAGAGGAUCUCAAGCGGCAGCUGUUUGGCCUGCCUCCUCGAUAUCGUGAUUCUGUGCGCGCAAUUACUCCAGGAUUACCUCUUUUCCUUUACAACUAUACAACUCAUCAGCUUCAUGGGAUAUUUGAGGCGGCUAGUUUUGGGGGUUCUAACAUCGAUCCAACAGCUUGGGAGGACAAAAAAUGCAAAGGCGAGUCAAGGUUUCCUGCACAGGUGAGAAUCCGUGUUAAAAAGCUUUGCAAGCCUCUGGAAGAGGAUGCUUUUAGGCCAGUUUUGCAUCACUACGAUGGCCCUAAAUUUCGUCUUGAACUCUCCAUUGCUGAGACUUUAUCACUGCUAGAUCUCUGCGACAAAGAAGGUAUGUGAACAAGCCUAUCUUGGUUCGGGGGUUUCUGGGGGUGUAGUACAUAUGAACAUAUAUGUCCUACUGGAUUUCUUUCGGCUGUCAUGUUCUUAAUGAGUUUUAGAUUUUGGUGUGAAAUGAAGCGCAAGCUUGGGAAAGGUUAUGGAGGCAACGAGGGCAUAAGCCUAAAUAAAGUCCAGUUUGGUCUCCUGUACCUUGGAAGUGGUUGUUAGAUUGUUAUAUAUAUCAUGAAAAAUGUAGCAAAAAUGCAUUUUCUCUACCGUAAUUGUUCCUAAAUGAGGAACAUGAACCUCUUAUGAGUAAAGCCAUCGAGUCUUUUAUUGUGGUUUUGAGUUGUCUUGCAAACUAAUGAAGUGUCGCUUCGUCA